AUUAAAGCGCAGUCACAUCACACUGACUGCGAUAAGUUGAAUGAGAGUGGUUGAACUUGUCCAUUAUUUAUAAAUUAUAUGCUCCAAUAUUUUCGUAUAUUCACCGCAUAUGCAUCGGCUUAAUAGUUACUUUUUCUUUAUCAAAUGGCAAUGCAUAUUUUAAAAGACUCUGCUUGCUGUUUCAGUCGCAAUUGAACUGGCUGGUCCGCUGGUCAGUAUGUUCGAUGACGUCAAAUGACGUAGGUCCUUGCAAUAUCACUUGGCAAUGUGAAGCAGGCUAAUAGUUGACGAUUGCGAAAUUAUUUUUGGUGGCCCUCUGAUGAUGCGUUAUGUGGUGACUGAGGUGACUGAUGAGCUCUGAAAGACUACUUGUGUGAGCAUCCAGUGUCUCUGUCAGAAAUCACAAGGGCAAUGGUAGUUGGCGGCUGGUGACCCGGUAUGGACCAGAGCCAAGCUCCUUGCAUUGAACUGUCUAUGAAUGCAGAGGAGCGCCAGCGCACUGAGUCUACUGCCUCAAACACCAGCACCACCUCCGACCAACCUUUACUGCCAGACGUCGCCUUCGGGCCCUCAUUCAUCAAACUGGGCUCACCACGCCCUGGACGUGAAAACCAGCCCCUGCUGGGUGGCGGCAUGGAUUUCGACUUCACCUUCAAUCACUGGCCAGAGGAUGCCGAGUUCACUGACCUGGUGCGGCAGGCAGAGAUGGCCGUCGAAAACGGCAUCUACCCGGAGCGGAUAUACCAGGGCUCCAGCGGCAGCUACUUUGUGAAAAAUCCCGAAAAUAAAGUCAUCGCCGUGUUCAAACCCAAGGACGAGGAGCCGUACGGCCGGCUGAACCCCAAGUGGACCAAGUGGAUGCACAAGCUGUGCUGUCCGUGCUGUUUCGGGCGCUCGUGUCUGGCGCCCAACCAGGGCUACCUGUCCGAGGCCGGCGCCAGCCUGGUGGACCAGAAGCUGGCGCUCAACGUCGUCCCCAAGACCAAGGUGGUCAAGCUGGCCAGUGAUACCUUCAACUACACAAGAAUCGACCGGGAAAAGUCCCACCUGAAACAGAUGGUCUCGGAGAGGUUCCCCAAAGUGGGACGGAAAUUCCACCGACUGGGACUGCCUCCCAAGGUGGGCUCGUUCCAGCUGUUUGUCGAGGGCUACAAGGACGCCGACUUUUGGCUGCGCCGGUUCGAGCAGGAGCAGCUCUCGGACGAGCUGCAGACAGAGUUUCAGCUGCAGUUCGAGCGGCUGGUGGUGCUCGACUACAUCAUCCGCAACACGGACCGCGGCAACGACAACUGGCUCAUCAAGUACAACCAGCCCGACGAGCGCCAGAGCGGUGACGGCGGCGGACCAAGCCGCCCCUCGGUCCGGGUCGCCGCCAUCGACAACGGCCUGGCGUUCCCGUUCAAACACCCGGACUCUUGGCGCGCCUACCCGUACCACUGGGCCUGGCUGGCCUGGGCCAAGCGGCCCUUCUCCACGCAGACGCGCGACCACGUGCUACCGCUCAUAUCCGACAUGAACUUCGUGGAGGGCCUCUGCGAGCAGCUGCACCGGCUGUUCAAGACGGACCGGGGUUUCGACAAGCAGCUCUUCGAACACCAGAUGUCGGUGAUGCGGGGCCAGAUGCUGAACCUGGCGCAGGCCCUCAAGGACGGCAAGAGUCCCGUCCAGCUAGUGCAGAUGCCCGUCGUCGUCGUCGAAAAGGCGAAGGGCGGCCACUCGGAGACCCGUUUCCGGUCCAUCAGUGACACGUUCACGCAGCGGUUCCAGCAGAAGUCGCCCUUCUUCUCCUGGUGUUAGCCGCUCGGCGGCGGCUGACGCCAGGAGAUGGAGCGCCCUGUGCUGUGUCCCGCGGGAGGUCACGGGUCGCCGAGGACUCCGAGAGAACUCGGGUCGCCAGGUGGGUGUCCCCAGUUUCCGCGGCAGACAGAUGGCGGAGCGCGGGCCGCCGGUCCCCGCCGGCACGGCCGCAGCGCUGUCUUUCUGAGUGCCGACGCCUGUGCUGGGAGUGUCUGGCACGGUACGGUGGAGUGUCUGCCGCGGUAGGACGGGGUCCAGGGAGUGUCUGUCCCUCGCGGCGCCGGCGGGUCGCUCUGUGGAGUCGACGUGUGUCCAAGGUGACGUUUCGCUGCUGAUGGGCGCGGGCAGGCCGCCGUUGCCGCGCUGCAGUACGUUCCAAUGUAGGACGGUCGGCCGCGGCGACUGAGAGGACAGGGCGCCGGCCUGUCCGCUGUGCUGUGUAUGUGCUUGUGUCUGUCUGUGUGUGUGACGGUGAUGUGACGGCGUUGUGCUGCUGUCUGACGCUGGACUGAUGUCCGUGAGACUGACGUCAAUCAGCACGGACGCCGCAGCAGCGACGUGCCGAAUCUAUGACUUGAGAAGGUGAAAGGAGACUAGCGAAGUCGGAAUCUAGGUCAUACUAUUAUUUGAGCGGGGAUGUUUAUUCUUCAUAUAUCGGGCUCGUGAGUGAUUAUGUAUGAAAGACAUUAACUAAAUAUCAAUUAGGUUCUGGUGGUGAGGUUUUGUAUCGUAUCGUCACCGUCGUCGAUUCACGCUGACUCUUAGCGCUAGUCAACCCUGGCUGAUCUGAAGUAAAACACUUCACGUGUGCGUGAGAAGCUAUCCAAGUGUUCGUUUCCUGCACCAGUGUGGGUGAUGUGUGUGUGCUGCGGUGUCGUGAGGCCGGCUCUGAUCGGCCGGCGAAGUCCCGGGGUCGGGUUGUUAGACUGUCGGCGGCGUCGGCUCUCGGUGCUGUGCGUGUCGGUGCCGGCGCCGCUCGUCGCGAUCGGGGUGGGGUGUGCCGGUAAGGGGGACAGGAAGCUCUAUUUUCACACACAUGUAUCCGCUCUCGGCCGCGGCCUGGGGUCGAGUACAGGCCAGCCGGCGGACUGGCCGCUGCGGCGCCUCCCCCGCGGAGGAGACCUUGCCACGCUGUGUGCCGCUCGGUGCCACCCCGGCCACGGACCAGCACGCAGCCUAACCUAGUCACCGGUGUCGGCCGCCUAUCCGGGCGGAUCGCCGCGCCUCCCGCCCGCCGCCUGUCUGCGGGUCGCCAAGCCUCCCGCCCGCCGCCUGUUAGGGCGGAUCGCCCGCCUCCCUCUCGCCUCCCGUCUCUGCGGGUCGCCGCGCCUCCCCGGCCGGCGGCGGGCGUCCCGUCUCCCUCCGGCCGGUGGCCCGCUCCGCAGUGCUCCCCAGUGGUCCGGCUGAGCGCGGCGUGCCCGUGACUCCGCUCCGCUGGCGCCAUGCCUCUCGGGUCUCGGGAACAACCUUCUCCGGGUGUCCCUUCUGUCGCCCGGCACGGCGAGAAACAACUCUAACUUUAUCUGUGCGAUAUUCCAUUGUGUGCGGCAUAUGUGAUUUAAAUAUAUCAACGCAUGCA